GUCAUGGUCAUGGUACUCGCAAUCUUACUGUGCACUUCUCAAUAUAAUAUGCCCGCAUCCCACAGUCAGCAUUGAAUUUACUCUCACUACCACCUUCACCUUCAUCUUCACCAUCAUCACGACCAUCAUCACGACCACACGACCACACGACCUCCUUCCACCUUCAUCUCACUCACUCUCAACAACCUCCGUUGACGUUUCACGUUCAACCUUCACUCGCUCUGCACCUAUCCGUCACCUACACUGUCCUACCCGUUCGGUUGAACGGAAAUCUAUCCCAAGAUGGGCGUCGGGAGAUUCUUCUGUGUUGCGCUACCAUUUAUUCUAACCACCAUCUCCCUCGUCUGUCUCCUCAUCGUUGGCCUCGCUGGUGUCACAAGCUCAAAUCUGCACCUUUUCGAGGUCGCACCGAAGAACCUCAGCAUAACUGCCGAGCAGUUUCAAAACUUGGAUUUCAAACAAAAGGUCAAGGAUGCCGCCGAUGCCGCCGGUAUCGAUUCGAGCGAUGUUACCGCUGUGACCGACUUCUCUCUCACAGCUUCUAGCCUGGGCCUCGGCGACAAGUACGACUUCUUCCUGUGGAACUAUGCCGAGCUCGUGGGCGAUGUCACCACCAAGAGUAAACCGACAUUCGACUACGCUUCUAACUUCACCGACACGACCACACUCGAGAAGCUCACUUCGGAUGCCAACAUAUCCGUUACUAUUCCAGACGCAGUGAAGACGGGAUUAAAGACUUUCGCGACCUUGGUCAAGUGGACUGAGGUGGUGUAUAUUAUUGCUUGCGUUACGACCGCCCUCACAGUAUUGGUUGGGAUCGCCGGCUUUUUCUCGAGAAUUGGUUCUUGCUGUACCUGGAUAAUCAGUGGCAUCUCAUGCCUUGCUAUCAUUGGCUUCGCAACGUUGGCAACGGUGACGUCUAGUGUUGUCGUUGGAGCCCUCACCGCAUCCGUGAAGCACUACGGUGUUGAGAGUUCAAUCAACACCGCGUGGCUCGCCGUCAUCUGGAUCGGUGCAGCUGCCUCUGUCGCCUCUGGCCUCUUUUGGCUGUUCUCGGUCUGUUGCUGCGCCAAUGCGAGAAAGGACAAUCGCCAUAGCCGUGCAGGUGACUCGGAGAAGCUCCUCGGCACAAGAGGCUACCAACCCGUCCACGACCCAUACCAGGGUUCGCCAUACAUGGGCCAGCAGUCGGGUGUCUACAACCAGCAACAGCAUGCAAUCCCAAUGCACAACGUCAAGGCGGCUGAUCGCGCACAAGCGUAUGAGCCAUACUCGCACCAUGCUGUCUAAACCUACAUCUCCUUUUUUUUGUUAUUUUCACUGCUUGUUUGCUAAGGCGGCAUUGCACGGCGUUUGGGAACUCUGCUGGUAGUAGACUGGUGGAGCGGGAUUUGAAGCAAUGAUGUUAUGACGAAAUAUCUCCAUGCUAGAGAAAGCUGGAUAGAUGAUACCUUUUUGUAGAUAGAGUAUUUUCCGACAGCUUCACAAUAGAAAUUGUCUCAAGCACUUCUGUCGCCGAC